AUGGCCGGCCGCCUCGGCCGCGGGAUGCGCUGUGGCAAGCGGGGCCGGAGCUGCCGGGGCGAGGGCGCGCUGCUGGCCCUGGGGCUGCUGGCUGCCGUCGGCUUCCUCGCCUGGCGGCAUGGCCCGCCGCCCCGCCACGCCACGCUCCGCGCACCGCAGCCGCCGCCGUCCGCCGACGCGGAGCUGCUGCGGAAGCCGGUGUACGCCAAGCCGGCCCUGGACCUGAGUGCGCUGGGCGAGCUGGGCCGGGCGGUGCGACUGGAGCUGAGCCCAGCCGAGAAGCGCCGCCAGGAGGAGAGCAUCCGGCUGCACCAGAUCAACAUCUACCUGAGCGACCGCAUCUCCCUUCACCGCCGCCUGCCCGAGCGCUGGAACCCGCUCUGCAAAGAGAAGAAGUAUGACUAUUAUAGCCUGCCAAAGACCUCCGUUGUGAUAGCUUUUUAUAAUGAGGCUUGGUCUACACUUCUGCGAACAGUUCACAGCGUUCUUGAGACAUCUCCAGAUAUACUUUUGGAAGAAAUUAUCCUUGUAGAUGAUUACAGUGACAAAGAACAUUUAAAGGAGCGUUUGGAAAACUACGUGGCUGGCUUACGCAAAGUGCGUCUCAUCCGUGCAAAUAAGCGUGAGGGGCUGGUUCGAGCACGGCUGCUGGGAGCAUCCGUGGCGAAAGGAGACAUCCUGACAUUCCUGGACUGCCACUGUGAGUGCCAUGAGGGCUGGUUGGAGCCCCUGCUGGAAAGGAUUGGAGAAGAGGAAUCAGCUGUUGUUUGCCCUGUUAUCGAUGUCAUUGACUGGAAUACAUUUGAGUACUUGGGAAAUGCUGGUGAGCCCCAGAUUGGUGGAUUUGACUGGAGACUGGUCUUCACUUGGCAUACUACACCUGAAAGAGAACAAAAAAGGAGGAAGUCCAAGACUGACGUGAUCAGGUCUCCAACUAUGGCAGGUGGAUUGUUUUCUGUGAGCAAGAAGUAUUUUGAUUAUCUUGGUUCAUAUGAUACAGGAAUGGAAGUCUGGGGAGGAGAAAACCUUGAAUUCUCAUUUAGGAUAUGGCAGUGUGGAGGAAGCCUUGAGAUCCACCCUUGCUCACACGUGGGCCACGUUUUCCCCAAACAAGCUCCAUACUCACGGUCUAAAGCUUUGGCAAACAGUGUGCGUGCCGCAGAGGUGUGGAUGGAUGACUACAAAGAGAUCUAUUACCACCGAAACCCACAUGCUCGCCUGGAACCAUAUGGAGAUGUGACAGAAAGGAGACUGCUUCGAGAGAAGCUGAAAUGUAAGGACUUCAAAUGGUUCUUGGACAACGUGUACCCAGAGCUUCAUGUACCCGAGGACAGACCAGGCUUCUUUGGAAUGCUGAAGAACAGAGGAAUGGCAAACUUCUGUUUUGAUUAUAACCCUAAAAACGAACAUCAAGUAACUGGACACAGGAUCAUACUGUACCCAUGUCAUGGCAUGGGACAAAAUCAGUUUUUCGAGUAUACAUCUCACAAUGAAAUACGUUACAACACUCGACAGCCAGAAGUCUGUGCAGCAGCGGAUUCAGGGACAGACUACUUGACAAUGUACUUAUGUCACGAAAAUGUCCACAGUAUUCCUGAAGAACAGAAGUUUAUUUUCAGAGAGGAUGGUACCUUGUUUCACCUACAAACCCAGAAGUGUGUACAAGCUGAAUCAAAUGCUUACAAUGGUAACCCAGCACCAUUGCUACGACCAUGUACUGGCUCAGACUAUCAGAAAUGGUUCUUCAAAGAAAGAAGUUGAUCCAGAUGCCACCUAGGAUAUAGCUGAACAGGAAAACAAGUUCUCUCUAGUCACCAGUUAGCCUCUUCAAAAUCACUGGAGUGAUAUAUUUUUGUAUAGAAAGAACUGUGAUUAGUUUACAAGCCUUGGAUUUACUUUUCUGGAUCUGGCACUAAGCAUUGAGAGCUCCAUAGAGUAAGUGCAGUGGUUGUCUCAUGCCACAGAAUCUGCUCUUUUCCUUUCCCCUUUAUUUGGCUGCUAUAGAACUGCGUCUGAAGUGUCUUAGGUCCUUUUCACAAGUGACAAUAUAUUUUUUUAAUCUACUGUGUGAAAGUAAGGCAGUCAAAAUAAUUGCACUAAUGUUAUCUGCCAACAACUUUAAAUGUGUAUUUUUCUACUAAACCAUUCUGCAGUUGGGCCUUGUAACAAAUAGUGGUUGAUAAUUCAUGUCCUUUAAGUACCGAGAAGGUAAAUGGAGGCCAGAUCUGCCCUAAGUGACUACCACAGAACCCCCACUGAAGACUGUGUGGAUUUGCACAUGAAGGCAGAGGUCUGCAUAUUUUUGCACAAAUAACAGUCUAGAUGCAUAAUGAUUGCACAUGCUCAACAGUACUACACUUUAAACGUUGGGACAAUUUUAGAUGCUUAUGGCACUUGAUGAGUUCCUAAUCAUGCUUAAGUCUGGUUUUGGAGCAAAGUGGGGAUUUCUUAAAGAAAUAAGGUAACAAUGUUUAAAAGUGACAGCCUGGGAAAAGCUGUUUAGAUUCACAGCUGUGUCCUAGACUGCACAGCUUUAAUGUUGUAUGGGUUUUCAACAUGCAUAAAACUUUACAAGAUCAGACCCUAGAAGUAAUUCUUUUGACCAGUUUCAAAGUUAAAAGUAGUGAAAACAAAUCUAAGAAAUUGUAUCUUUCAUCAAAUUGUAAACAUUAAAAUGAUUCAGCAACUAACUGGUAUGAUCUGCAGCUGAUAUUAGUAGAAUUGUCUUUCAAAUAUAACUUCCAUUUCGUCUGAGAACUCCUUAUAAAGUUGGCCAGGUCAGUGCAUAGAGUCUUACUGAAAACCUGGGGUUUAAUCUACAGUGGUACAAGAUGUUCUAAGCCAUGGUAUGUGAGAUAUGCCUUACCCAACGAGACAAGUAGUCUGUCUAGCAAUGUAUUUGGUCACUGACCAUCAUCAUUACAAUGUUGCUUAAAAAAGUUCAGCUGUUAAAGUUUCUUUAUCGGCUGGAGGCAUGCGUAUGUGUGUAGAAGCUUGAAAAUGUCAGUCUCUUUUCCCUCAGAAGUCUUGGCAUCUGUUUCAGUGAGUUUUGGGUGUAUUUUGUUAUUUGUGUUUGCUCAUGUUUUCUAUUAAAAAAAAUGUCCAGUCUUUUCUUUACAUUCUUAUAUAUUCAUGCCAUUUCAGCAUACCUAUUUAUACAGAUAAGGGGUGAGUGGAGGGUUUCUGUCUGGUGGAGAUGCCUGUGUAAGUUCUACCAAAGUAAACCCAUGUAGAUGGAAUGUUUUUAUGAGCACCUUUUGUCUCUGUGGUCUCAAAUGAUGAAUCUGAUGUUAGAAUGAAUAAAAUAUUUUGUGUUUUGGUAGAAUGGGAAAUAUCUUUCCAACUUUUUUUUUUUCCUUAUGGUCAGUGGCUUUCUUUUAAUCAUUUCUCUGAGCUAUUAAGGCUCUGGUCCCUGCAGUGCUUAAGAGAAGACAACUUUAUUUUAUGGUCGUUCCCAUUCCCUUUUCUGAACUCAGUAAUGCUUCUGUUCACUUAUUCACAGCAGUGGUGUGCAAUUUGUGGAGCCAGAAAUCAGAACUGUGUGAAUAAAACAACCAAGAGAGCUCCAGCAACACAGAAAGCAUUUUCUAUUAAUUUGUGCUUUGCUUUCUUGAUUGUUGAUUGAAUUACAUUAGUAAAUUAAUGACAGCUCACCUAUUGCAAUUGUAGACAAAACUCUUAUUGAUCUCCAUAAACAAUGAGGUUUUCUUGGCUUUGGGACUUCAGGAUUUCAUAUCAGGUGGUAGUACAAAAGUGAAAUUUAGUGAUUGGAAAUUAUUUUCCAUACAUCUUCACACUCUGUACUUGUUUAAAGGGAAGUGUUGAUGUUUUGGGUUUCUAGUUACAUGCAGAUGAGCUGUUUUCUCAUAUAUUGGCAAACCUGCUGGCCUGGAUUGAAUGUUUGCUGGGCAGUCAUACUUAUCUUGAGUUCAAAAGUAGACACUUAGGUUGCCUGUUCAGUCCAUUUACUUACCAUUUUUUCUCACAGAUGUCCUUUUCUUCUCCACUCACUGGGGCUGUAUUAAUACCUGGCUUCAGAUUUGGAGGGUGAAGGACUGCAUCAAGCACCUUCCAACAACGCACAUCUUUCAACUUCCUUUUGCAGGAGCUCAGGGUUACCUGAUUCUGGGGGCUCAGGGCCAUCACAGGCUAGACUUCGGGCUUCUCCUCAGCAGGGAAGGGACUGGAUGUCUCACAGAAAUGGAAGAACUAGAGGACUUUAGUCACAAAUUAGUAGUCACAAAUUAAUACUUCGUCUGGUUCUAACAUUUUUGAAAAGGAGAGAGAGAGGAACAGUUUCCACAUGGUCCAAAUUAAGAACCAGUAGGUCUCCCCUUCCUCAGUAUUCAUCUUCUUUGUAUACUUACAGCCAUGUCCUUCUUUUUCUGUUUGCCAUGGGAAAAAACUACCCAUGUGAAGCACCCCAAACCUGCAACUCGAGCUUACUGAUAAACUUAGAUUAAAAUAAUGUGAUGCUGGUAGCACAAGCUGGGAAAUCUCAAGUCCUUCCAUUUUGUACCAUCACAGUUCAAAGUGAGAAAGGACGUUUUUUAAAUACAGAGAGAAUGACUGAAUGAAUUGUCCUGAGAAGAUAUCCUCCCAGUGUUCAGUACAUUGUAUAAAAAUCUAGGAUAGAAAUGAAGAAGUCUAAAUUUCAAAUGGAUUUUAUCCUGUCCUCACUGCCUAACUGCAAACACAGUGUGAUUCUGUGUUCUCCCAGGUUGCUUUCCUUCCUCAUCUGAUGUUCCUUUGAUGUCCUCAGUUAUGGACAUGGUUGGGGCACAAAACAGUGCAAAAUGUUUUACAUAUUUUCCAUAUGUUGUGCUGAAUACACCUUGUGAGAGAAACAAUAAUAUGCAAGGAGACUUUAACCCUUAAUAGGUAUUGUCCCCAAAAUGAGAAUUUGGAAAUGUAAUGGGGUUGUUUCUGAUUCUUAAUAAAAAAUAGAAAUAC